AUGGUGAUCAGGAAGGAAAACAGAAGACUGGCGAGCUAAGUGACUGCACUUCAAACACAUUGGGAAAAUUCCUCGUUUUUUAAACCAGAUCUGUUUGUGAAAAGCUAGAAGGGACUAUUGAGGUUGCGACCAUGAGUGCCUCCGCCACCCCAAUCUCCCGCGUGCGUCAGUGGGCAUCGCCAUCCGUUUUGCAAAAGGGCUCGUCCUCCCUGACCAGCACCCCGCUCCUCGCUGCCUUCCCGGGCAACGAUGACGAGCUGGAGCGGCGGCAGAGACGGCGGUCCCGGGUCAUGGACCUCCACGGGAUGUCAGACGUCUCUGUCACCGAGUCCCCCGCGCACAGUGCUACUGGGACCCCAGCGGCUGUGCCUAAACUGUCCAACGCGCAGAUCUCUGAGCAUUACUCCACAUGCAUCAAGCUCUCCACUGAGAAUAAAAUCACCACCAAGAAUGCGUUUGGACUGCACCUGAUUGACUACAUGGCUGACAUCCUCAAACAGAAGGACUCCGAGCUCACUAAUUUCAAGGUGGCUGCAGGUACCCUGGACGCCAGCACCAAGAUCUACGCGGUCCGAGUGGACGCUGUUCACGCUGAUGCCUACAGGGUCCUGGGAGGCCUGGGCUCGGAGACCAAGCCAGGAGAAGAGAGGGGCGCUGAGGGCGGAGGAGGGGAGGAAGAGGAGGACGAGGAAGGGGCCGCUGGAGCGACGGCAGCGAAGAAGGCGGUGAAGAAAAAGAGGCCCCCCAAAAAGACCGUGGAGCAGAACCUGAGCAACAUCAACUGCUCUGAGUCUGAAAGGAAGUGUGAGGUGGACCCCAUGUUCCAGCGGAUGGCGUCCUCUUUCGACGAGAGCAGCACAGCCGGGGUCUUCCUGUCGGUGCUGUUCAGCGAGGACAACCGCUGCGAGCUGCUCUUCCCCUCUCACAUGACCCUCCUGAGCUCCGCCCCCCCUUGCCCGGCCCCGCCCCCGCAGCACGUUCCCGCCAGUCCCUUCACGGGUGGUCUGCAGCAGGCCCAGGAGAAGAGCUCGAUAUGCCCGUCGCUGAAGGACUUCUCCUUCACCAGCUGGAACCCAGAGCAGACGAUGAACCAGCUGCUGGAGAAGAUGAAGCAGGGGCAGCACGCGUUCGACGUGAACGCAGAGGUGGAGCCGGAGGAGGGCGAGCUCCAGGAUUUCGGGGACGAUUUUGACGCGGACGGCUACGAGGAGGGACAGGGGGACGGCGGGGACGGGCCCAAGGAGCACAGGGAGACCUGUGCCAUCACUGGGGCGGGACGGGGGAGGGACGUGAUCGCGAUCGGAGACGGCGACAUCACCACCAUGUGCCUGCAGCUGUCCUCCCAGCCCCGGGAGUACUCCUACUUCAGCCCCCGGACCAUGGCCAUGUGGGCGGGGCCCGGAUUCUGGCGCUUCAAGCCGCUGCACAAGCAGGAUCACCUUCCGGACAAGGAGAGCCGCAAGAGGAAGCAGAAGAAGAGCUUUGAGCUCGACUUCACCGACGACGUGAACUUCGACGUGUACUUCCGCACCACGAGAGCAGCCACCACCAUCAGCAAGUCCGCCCUGUCCACCUGCAACAAGAAGACCACGCUGCCCGCAGACUUCCACUACCCCCCAGAGGCCCUGUCCCAGCUCAGCUUCAAGCCGUCCGGCACACUGUGCAAGCAGGGGGCCAAACGGGUGUCCGGAGAGCUGGGAGACGGCGUCGGGGACUACGACUACAACAACGCCAACGACACCGCCAACUUCUGCCCCGCCCUUCAGGGGGGGGACAGCGACGACGAUGAUGAUGGAGCGGGGGGGUUCGGAGGACCCGAGGGAGAUUUCGACACGACCAGUCAGCCUUUCUCCGGCGGCAUGCCCCCAUCCUCACAGGACCUCGCUGCCGUGUCCACCUACGGGGAGGACAACCUCGUGCCCGAGCCUCAGAAGGUGAACAAGAUUGAAAUAAACUACGCGAAGAUGGCGAAGGUGAUGGACAUGAAGCGGCUGAAGAACACCAUGUGGAGCUUGCUGACCGACUGCCUGGACAAACCGCUGAAGGAGGCAGAGGGAGCAGAGACCAUGCAGGUUUCUGGGGAGAAGGCCUUCAGCCAGACCACCAGGACCCUCCUUCAGAGGCUGCCCCACACCAUGGCCCAGAACAUGUCCGUUCCCCUGGCGUUUGUCGCUCUGCUGCACCUGGCCAAUGAGAAGAACUUGGAGCUCGUGAAAGUGGACGACAUGUCCGACAUCGUCAUCAAGCAGGGCCGCUGAAAAUGGACGGGGGGCCGGGAUUCAUAACGAAGAGAUUAUGUUGUUACGUUUUACCUUUCUCGAGCUUGUCUUCCCUUUAUGUUUUCACCUCCUCCCAAGUGCUCUACAUUAAUAACAGCGUACUUGAGUCUUUAGUCCAAGCUCAUCAAACUUGAUUUUACGGACUAUGGAUUGAGUCCCUUUAAUAAAAGCACGGUGGGUCCUCUUCUGGGGGGAUUUUUUAUUUUAUUUUUUUAUUCUGUAAAUGUAUACCAGCCUCGGUAUGCCUGUCUCAGUCUAGCCACUGCGUUCUCUGCUCUCUGUGUGUAGAUGCAUAAUUUAAGAACUUUACCUUCUACAAUGAAGCUUGUCAUGUGUAAAUAUUAAAUAAAACACUUUUUUUUAAUGA